UCACAGUGGGUCGGUGGGUUAUUCAUGGGGGUGCAGAGUUACGUUAGUCCAGCUAGCAGCUAUACUCUGGGUUGAAGUUCAGGUAUCAGGCCGAGAAGAUGAUGGAAGAGAGUGGAAUUGAGACUACACCCCCCACCACUCCUACUCCUCCUCUGACUGUAGCUGCCCCAGUCAGCGCUCCACCAAUGACCAUAGGUCUGUCCAGCCCUCUGUCCCUCCCAGACACCAGCUCCCUCUCCAUCGGUUCGCCCUCAGUCUCCACCACUCUCCCCUCUGUCCCCUCCCUCCCUGCCUUCAGCAGCCCUCUGGCCGCGCCCCCCUCCCUCUCCUCCCUCUCCUCCCAGUUCCCUCCUCCCUCCACACUCGCCUCCCCCUUCACCAGCAGCUCUCCCUUCCCUCCUUCCCCGUCCCCCUCCUUGCCUCCUCUGGCCUCCCCCAUCAGACCACCUCAGACCUCGGCUCCCGGCAUGUCGGCCCCUCCCACAGGGCCGCCCAUGUCCAGCUUCUCCAUGAGUGCAGGGUAUGACAUCACACGGGGUCACGCUGGUCGAACACCACAGACGCCAUUGAUGCCAACGUUCUCCAGUGCUGCCACCAUGCCAGGUGUGGUGUCCAGCGCCAUGGUCCAACAGCCAGCCAUGACAGGAGGGCUGGAUACUGGAUCUCCCAUCACCUUCCCAGAGGAGCAGGAAGAUCCCAGAGUGUCUGGAGACAUCAACACUGGUGGAGGCCUCUGGGGCUUCAUCAAGGGAGUAGCAGGUAACGCUGUAGUGAAGACAGUCCUGGACAAAACCAAACACUCUGUAGAGUCCAUGAUCACCACUCUGGAUCCCGGCAUGGCUCCAUACAUCAAGUCUGGUGGGGACAUUGACAUUGUGGUGACUUCAGAUAAGGAGAUGAAUGUGGAUGCAGUCAGAGAUGCCUUCCAGGAGGUUUUUGGGAUGGCCAUGGUCACUGGAGAGCCUGGUCAGUCCAACAUUGCCCCACAGCCUGUGGGCUACGCAGCCGGCGUCAAGGGGGCUCAGGAACGUAUUGACAGCCUGCGUCGAGCUGGUGUGAUCCAUGAGAAACAGCCUGUGGUCUCUACGGAAAACUUCAUCGCUGAACUCUUCCCUGACAAGUGGUUUGACAUUGGCUGUUUGAUCCUGGAGGACCCUGGUUACAGCAUCCACAUCGAGGUCUUCACUCAGGCAACUCCUCUGGCUCUAGAUCACGUCCAACAGGCUCACUCCCUGACCCCUCCUGACUACAGCCUGCGCUGGUCGGGUUUGAUUGUUCCAGUGGGGGAGGUCCUGGAGCGCAGCCUGCCCAACAUCAACAGGACAGACUGGCAUCAGGCUGUGACGGGCAUGAGCCAGCGUCAGAUGAUCCACAGCGCCGCCAAAGCUCUGGCUGGAAUCUACAAACAGCAGCUGCCGCCCAGGACUGUGUGAGGCUGGAGGGUUCGGGCGACAGGUGGAGACACGUUGGAGUAAAAACCACCUGAUGGGACAGCGAAGCUCCUUCCUGCUCCUCCAUCAAGCCCUCAUCGGUCCUUAUGGGGCAAAGCCAAAUGCACAUUUCUUUAAAGACGCUGGUUGCGACAUUUCGCACAGAUGUUUCCUGAUGUUCAACACGUCAGAUCUCAAGUCAAGUCUUUGUCGUCAACUCAGGCUUUAAAGAAAACUUAACCAUUAACUUCCUGAAAGAUUCUUACACAUCAUGUCUGUUAAUCUCAAGAACCUUCAUUCAAACAGCGGCAAUAUCUAGUUUCCUUUAUGUUAUUGUAGAGACUAAAACUCAGACCGCGUCCCAGUUGUAUUCUGUGUUCCAGAACACCAACACUUUGACAUGACCCUACUGGACCCAAUUAGACUUCAUAUAAUGUGGACCUGCCAUGACUCAGAUACUGUAUACUUCACUGUAAACUCACCUUUCCACUAGAGUUGUCUGUGCAUUAUUUUGGUUAUUAAUAUUCAGUUAACUGACGUGCUGUUUUGUAUCAUGUCCUGACACUACUGACAGUUUCAGACCUUAAACAGGAUAAAAUGUUUCUCUAUAGGACUUUAUUUUGUUUCUUUCAUCAACACACCACCCGCCUGUUUUAACAUGUAGCUGUAAAUGACUCCUGUGUCUUCUUUGCUCGGAGGCCCCGGGGCCACUUUUAACCCAACAUUCCUCCCCUUUGUUAUGCAGUAAUGGUGUUCCUACACUCGUCGCUUAUGCUGAAUCUAUGUAAUAAUUUACUAUGUGGUGAUUAUUAAGCACAAAUGAAUUUGGAAACAUUCAAUGUGUAAACUUAACAAGAACUUGAGAUCUGCUAAGGUAUAGUAUAGUAUCAGUUGAUAUUGUGCUUUAGUGAGGCAUAUGCCCAUGUAUUCUUUAAAUACCCAUGAAUCAGUUGGUUAACAGUGAACAUGGGGCUAGAGAAGUGGCCAACUAAGAGGAAAAUUGCUCUUUGUUUUGAAACAUUAGAUGCAGUUGAAAUGGCGACAUCUGUCGGGCAACCUGUGGUACUGCUUUGUAUGGUACUAUGAGAUUAUAAUGGAGAUGAUGAUGGAGUCCUAUAAUCUGCAAAUGAGUUGCAUUUUAGCCCCUCCAGUUCCUUCGUCCUAAAGUCUCUGGUUUUGUUGAAUGUUUCUGGUUAGAUGACUGAAAGAAGACAUUUUCCACUUUUACGUCUGUUAACAAGUGUCUAAAUGAGACUGCAGAGGUUGUCCGGGACGUUAAACAUCAUCACGUUGAACAUGAAAACUGAUCU